UGACAGAUCCUUCAGGGUGUCUUGGAGGGGUGAUUUCUAAGUCACAACACCUUGCUACUUGGGUUCCUCAAGGCUCAGUACUUGGACCACUUCUCUUCUCCAUCUACACGACGUCAUUAGGAUCUGUCAUUCAGAAGCAUGGCUUUUCUUAUCACUGCUAUGCUGAUGACACCCAACUCUACUUCUCAUUCCAGCCAGAUGACCCGACGGUAGCUGCUUGCAUUACAGCCUGUAUGAGUGACAUUUCUAGCUGGAUGAAUGACCAUCACCUUGUAACGGCCUUUAGAGCAGCUAUUUUGGUUUUUGAACAAUAGUACCACUACCAUGCUCUAGGGGGCUCUCCAGACGAUUCUUUUUUUGGAUAAAAGGCAGGAAGAAGUAGAGUAGGAGUAUUGUUUGGUUGGAGAGAAGCAUGGCCUUCUUCUGCUAACCUUAUGUAUAGAGUCUGGGUUGAGAAACUGUGGUUUUAAGCUCAUCCAAAAGGACUUCUCAUAGAUACUUCAUCUACAGAUUUAUCCUUCUUAUUCUACUUGAUGCUUCCAUCCUAUGCUGUACUGGCUCUUAAUGGACACGAAUUAGUCAUGCCAGUAUCAUCAUUUGAUGACUUGGAUCAACUGAGAUUUGAGAUGGUUGAGGGUUACAAGGACACCAUUAUUGCAAUGUAAGCUGAAUUGAAGCCUGGAUUGACUGAAGUUAGAAUCUGAAAUGAACUACUGGACUUUUUUGCUAAUUUCUUGUCUGACAAAUCCACUUUCUUCAUCUGCAUUUGUGGUAUGGACAAUGACCAGAUAUGUUUGUUACCAUUUAUCCUUUUUCACUAUGUCAACUCAGAAACCAUGCAUGCAUAUCUUCAAUUGUUGAUUCACUGUUUUGAUGGUUUUGUGGGACAUAUUUAAUAUAAACAUUUAUGCAAUUACUUAGGUGUUUGUACUUGGUUUGUGUUUCUGAGUCUGGUUAAUUCCAUAAUAGUCGAUGAAGUCCUCCCUUAUAAAUUUAUUUGUGAUGAGUCCUUCUGAGAGUUCUCGGUUGGAAGGUUACAAAAUGGUGCCCGAACAGGGACUCUAAGACUAUUUGGCCAGACUUCCAGAAUUCCAAACCCUAAGAAAAACACUAAAAGAAAGAGAAAAAAAAAUUAAGUCCUUUAUUUUUGCAAUAUACAUUCAGUCUAUCAUGGAUGGGGAUAUAGUCACUUCCCAAACAGAUUUCACAGCAGGGUCCUUUCAUUCUCGAAGAGAGCCAAUAAGAGACCUGAUUACCACUUUUAGUGAUUUAUAUAUUAACUCUGAUGAAGAGAGUGAGAGAGCUGAAGAUAAUGAUCCAGAUGAAGAGCUCCAUUUUCCACCACCACCACCCCAAUUGACCGUUGAAUCUGAUGAUCAAUCACCGGCUGUAAACUCUAUGCUAAAUGCACGGGUCACCUCUUUAGAAGCACACUUAAUGGAUCUAGAGAAGGGGGUAAGUGAAAAAGUUUUGUUGGUGGAGUUGGAGAAACAAUGCAGGAAGCUGGAGGAUAAGAUAUUGUAUCUGGUGCAACGCGAAUGUGAAAGGGUCAAACAACAGCUGGAGAUGUUUGACUGUUUAAAGAGAAGAGAUCGGCAAUUGGAUCAUUAGUUUCAAGCCAUGAUACCUCCUUCAUCUACACUGAUUGUUACAAGCCAGAACCCUCUAGCUAACAUCCAAUGUGCAAAACCCAGCCACUCUACCUAUAUUGAGCAAUCUGUUCAAGGCAACCAGUCUUCAUUACAAUACAAUCCUCCAGUAAAAAUUGAAUUCCCUAGUUUCUCUAAUUCCCAAGAAGAUGAUCCUGUUGUGUCCAUAGAACAGUGUGAGGAGUAUUUUGCUGUACGUCCUUUGAAUGAAGAAGAGAUUUUAGCCUCGCUUACAGCUGUGCUAAAAGGAACUGCCAAGGAUUGGUGGAGGGCUGAGCGAAGAAAAGUGAGCAACUGGAAACAGUUUAAGCAAAGAUUCCGGAGUUCUUUUUUAAGAGAAGUCCACAAGGAGAUAGCAGCUAGGAAGUUACUGGAAAGAAAGCAAGGUGUUAAGGAGAGCAUCCAGGAUUUUUCUUUUCAUUACCGAGCUUUAUGCCUGAGAUGGAGAAAAGAAAUGACGGAAAAGGAGAUAGUUCAAGCAAUUCUAAGGAACCGCAAUCCCCGACCUGCUAGCCUGUUAAAAGGGACUAUCAAAGAUGUUGAGGAGCUGGUUCGGAUAGGAACUCAAAUCGAGCGUGAUUUUGAUGAGUCUAAGAAGUUCUGGUGUCAAGCUAAUUGUGAGGAGCAGAGGAAGAAAAUGGCCGCUGCCGAGCGUCAACGAAAAUUCCCCUAUGCAAGUAAUCAAGUGAUGCAAGCCUGCCAGGAACCAGUAUCACUACAAAAUGAUAAGAACAUCGCCAUUCCAAUAUUCCUACAAGGCAGGUAUGUUGUUUCCAUUAUUGAUACAGGAAGUACCCUCUCGUUGAUCAAAGAGUCCUUAUGGAAACAGUUGUGCUGGCAAGAACCGUAUCAGUCAAGCGAAGGCCAAUCUUUUCUGUUGGCAAAUGGACAAAGACAAACUGCAGUGGGAAAGGUUAAUUGGAAAUCUGAAGUGUAAGAACGAGUAGUGCCUUUGUCCCUUUACAUCAUGCGGGAUGUUGAUCUGACUGUACCGAUUAUCCUAGGCAUUGAUUUUCUACUUGAGAGCAGGAUGAUACUAGAUUUUAGUAAGGCUCAGUACAGCUUACCCACUGAAGAAGGAACUGAUGAAGCAAACUUUUUUCCCUUCCUUCAUCACAAUGUGUAUCCUUCACUGCACUUUUACCUAGCAAUACCUUUUUCUGGUGGCAAUUACAAAUCCAGACAGCAAAUACAAAAACUUGCCCAAGCAGCAGACACUGAAACCCAUGUGAAGAAACAGUUGGAAGAAUUGUUGUUAAGCUGGCCGUCAGUGUGUACCCAGGAGAUUGGGCGGACUAGUAUAGUGAAGCACCAUAUUAUAACUAGGGAUGAGGUACCAGUGAGAUGGCGUGCUUACCGGGUUUCUAGAGAAAAACAACAGUUUAUUGAGUCAGAAAUACAGGAGCUUCUAAAACGGAGAGUUAUCCAACCAUCCACCUCUCCUUGGGCUGCUCCUGUAGUUGUCGUUCCGAAAAAGGAUGGUGGCUCCAGAUUCUGCAUUGAUUAUAGAAGUCUAAAACUCACUUAGACGCCUAUCGUAUGCCUCAAAUUCAAGAUAUCCUCGAGUCAUUGCAUGGAGCAAAAGAAUUUAGCACUAUCGACGUUAAGAGUGGCUACUGGCAACUGGAGAUGGAGUCAGGCAGUAAGCAGAAGACUGCGUUCAUAACAUCAACAGGGUUAUAUGAAUUCUUGUGUCUUCCUUUUGGGCUGACAAAUACUGCAGCUUCAUUUCAGAGAUUAAUGGAACAUGUGCUAUGAUAAAUCAAAGGAAAAUGUUGCAUGGUGUACAUCGACGAUAUUUCUUGUGUAUUCCAAAUCCAUCUCUGAACAUCUUCAACAUCUGCAUCAAGUUCUUGCAUGUCUCCACAAAGCUGGCCUCACUCUCAACCUAAAGAAAUGCCACCUUAUUCAGAAUUCCAUAAGGUUUCUUGGGCAUGUCGUAUCGGAAAAAGGAGUGACGACAGACCCAACUAAGGUUGCUGCAGUAAAGACUUUUCCAGUACCACAAAAUGUCAAAGAUGUGCAAAGAUUUUUGGGAUUAGCAGGCUGGUAUCACAGGUUCAUACCCCAGUUUUCAGAGAAAGCUGCUCCCUUGCACUUUGCACUUGAAACAAAAGAAUGUCAAGUGGUCUUGGGAUGAUCAAUGUCAAAAGGCAUUUGACAUUCUCAAGCAAGACUUGGUAAAAGCACCUGUAUUGGUAACCCCCGAUUUCACUAAACCUUUUCAUGUUCAGACUGAUGCCAGUGACAUUGGUCUAAGAGCAGUGAUCACUCAAGAGAUGGAAGUAGAGGAAUAUGUCAUUGCAUAUGCCUCUCGCUUACUCAGAGGAGCUGAGAAGGCAUACUCUGUCUCAGUAAAAGAAUGUCUAGCUGUGGUAUGGGCGGUGGAAAAGUGGAGACCAUACUUGGAAGGAAGUCCAUUUGAAGUUAUAACGGAUCAUGCUGCCUUAACAUGGGCCUUUCAACAUCCGAAACCAUCAUCACGAUAUAUUCGUUGGACAAUUCGUUUGCAAGGCUUCUAUUUUACGGUGAGGUACAGAAGAGGGCAGUGUAACGUAGUUCCAGAUAUGUUGUCUCGAAACCAAGUACCCAUUAACCCAUCUGACUCACUUUUUCUUACCACCGUUGCCAACACCACUGCUCAAUGAUGUUAUUUGACAGUAGACCUUACUCAAAUUGCAGCAUCACAAAGCAGUGACAGUGAAAUUCAAGAGCUGAGAUCUAAAGCUGCAAAGCACCCAUUAGUGGAUGUUACUCGAGUGCAGUAUGUGAUAGAAAACGACUUACUGUUUCAUAGUGUUCCUGAUAGUAGGCCAGAAGCUCCAGCUGGUUAUACCUGAACUCCAUCGACAAGUGUUCUUACACUAUGCACACGACAAUCCUCUUAGCGGGCACUUGGGAAAGUUAAAAACUCUACUAAGACUGUUGGAGACUGUAUAUUGGCCCAGUAUUAGAGGGGAUGUAUGGAAGUAUUGUAAGAACUGCCACACCUGCCAAAAAUUCAAACCUUUUGAAGCCGUCUGGUCUAUUACAAAGCACCCAAAUUGUAGAACCAGGAUACAUGCUUGGGAUUGAUCUCAUGGGUCAUUUCCCUAGGAGUAGCAAGCAAAAUGAAUAUUUGCUUGUGGUGGUGGAUUAUUGCUCAAAGUGGGUAGACCGCCAAGGCACCUAAUAUUGCCAAAAUACUGAUAGAGGAAAUCUUUACUAGAUGGGGAACUCCUGCAUAUCUAGUGUCAGAUAGAGGAACACAAUUUACCUCUCAGUUAAUUAAUUCAGUGUGCAAACAAUGGGGAGUUGUGCAAAAGUUAACUGCUUAUCACCCCCAGACAAACCUCACUGAACGAGUAAACAGGAAUCUUAAGAUGAAGUUCUCGGUUGGAAGGUUACAACCUUCAGCUUAACCUUACGAAGACAGAACUACUGGUGAUUCCAGCUAACCCAUUGCUUCAUCACAACUUCUCUAUACAGCUGGGUUCAUCAACCAUUACUCCUUCCAGGACAGCGAGAAACCUAGGAGUUGUGAUGGAUCAUCAGUUAAGCUUCACAGACCACAUUGCUACAACGACCCGGUCCUGCAGGUUUGCCUUAUACAACAUUAGGAAGAUUAGACCCUUCCUGUCAGAGCAAGCCACCCAACUUCUUGUCCAAGCUCUUGUUCUCUCCAGACUGGACUAUUGUAAUGCUCUCCUGGCUCUUCCUGCAUGUACUGUCAAGCCUCUGCAAUUGAUCCAGAAUGCAGCAGCGAGGGUUGUCUUCAAUGAGCCAAAAAAAGCUCACGUUACUCCUCUCCUCAUCAGGUUACACUGGCUACCAGUAGCCGCUCGCAUCAAAUUCAAGGUACUGAUGCUUGUCUACAAGACGACCACUGGCACGGCACCAACAUACCUAAACUCACUGGUUAAAUCUUAUGUGCUCUCCAGAAGUUUGCACUGUGCAAGUGAACGACACCUUGUGGUGCCAUCCCAAAGAAAUUCAAAAUCACUCUAACGAACCUUUUCCUGGACUGUGCCCAGCUGGUGGAAUAAUCUCCCAAUCUCAAUUCGUAAAAUUCUUUACUCAUUUUCAAGAAACAUCUAAAGAGUCAUCUUUUUCGACAGCACUUUUCCUUUUCUUGUCUUUUCAUUUAUAAAAAAAAAAAAAAAAAAAAAAAAAUACCUGGCUAUACGUUAUGUACUGAACUAACUGAGACAUGUCAUGGCACUUGUAUACUGUUGUUGUUCUCUUGUUGACCUGACUGCUUCUAUUGUUCUUAUUUGUAAGUCGCUUUGGAUAAAAGUGCCUGCUAAAUGAUUAAAUGUAAAUGUAAAUUAUUACUACUACCACUACUACAAUUAGUAUGGUUCAGUACCGUUUUUUUAUAUAUAUGUAUACAUAUAUAUAAAUAAAGAACUUUUUUUUUUUCAGUAUCCAUUUUAAAAACUAUCGGUUAAUUAAUCUGUAUUUUUGGCCAGAAACAGAAAACAGAAAGUUUUGAGGGGAUUCACGAAGGUCUUGACUAAUAUUCACCAAUUGUAUGGCGUUAUUUCCCUGUCAAAUGUCGAGAGCGCAUAAUUGUAGCGCGAAAGUACAUUAAAAUGAUCACAAGCGUGAAUCUCUCUGCUCGUGCGCGGAAUAUAAUGUGCGUAGCGCAAAGCUCUCUGUUCGCGUGCUGGAACUCGGCGCACGCUCUCAGAUACACGUUACUCUUGUAAGAAUUUUCUCUGGGCUAGCUCAGGUUUCUCAGUACUCUUCUCUUUUAUUUCUUUCCUCUUUGCUCUUGGCAUAAACGCUGUCAAAACGGCAACAACCAAUCAGAAAUAGACUUCAACGACUGACUGAAAACGCGACAUAGUACAUGGAAUCUUAUUGGUUGAUAUUGAACCAAUGAAAUAUAAGUGCUAUAACAAGUCUCAGUUAGGUUAACACUGUACACGAAGCAUGGGCUUUUAAAUAAUAUAAUAAAUAAAAAGAAAACCGAUAGAAUAAAAAAAAGAAUAGAGUAUGCUUUGUUCGAGGUCUUUACA